CAGAAAGAAUCGCCAGCCCGCCCCUUCCUUCUACGUGCUGAUGUUUGUGUUUUUGUUUCUUGUUAUUUCUCCUUUUUUGUGUUGAACCUCAAACCCAAAAUGGACUCAAAGGGACCCUCGUUAUACGCAGCUGGGACUUCAGUCGAUGUGACGCGGAGCAUCGAUGAGGACUCUCUGGUGGACGGACCUCUUAUCUCCGCUGACGCCCUCCACUCUGCCAUCAGGAGAGAGUUUCAAACUCUGCCGACACCCUGUCACGCCAGCCUACUGUCGCUGCUGCACAUCGUGUAUGUGGUGCUGUCGGUGUGUCUGGGUGUGCUGUGUGUGUUGAAAUUCGGCCAAGAGGAGGUGUGUAUGAAUAUUUUGGGAAAUGUACGCGGCGAGAGCGUCAUUGUGUUUGGGAAGGUGGGUUUAUGGGCGCUGGUGUUCCUGUUUACCAAGUGUGUGCAGCAUCAUCACAGCCGAGCCAGAAGCAGAGGAUACCUGCGUUUCUACCGACAGACGCAGGGACUGAAGACCCUGCCGCUCUCUGUAUACUCCACAGGAAAUGUGUUGCUGUUGAUUGUUCUGGCUGCUCCAUUGGCAAGGAAGGUGCAAGUCAUCAUGCUGCUCAGCGUGCUGGGGUUGGAGCUCUUGGUGGGUUUGCCGUGCCUGAUCUAUUACACAGUCCAAGUGACGCGGUUCAACAGAGAGCGAGCCGCACCAGAUGUGAGCCAAGAAGAACAUUCACACAACUACAGUAUCACAAGCCUGCCGACUGAGACUGGCUUCAGAGAGGGCUCCAGUCUGGAGGAGGUGGUGGAGAAGCAGGCCGACCUGAUCGAGUACCUGAAGCAGCACAACACCUUACUGAGCAAGAGGCUGCUCAACCUCACUGCUCAGCACUGACCACGGCACAGCCUCCUCAUCCUCCCUCUCCGGAGAAGCCCGAUCAUUUUAACCCCCCGGCUCUCCACAGGAACACGAAUGAGAGUCAGGUUUGAAAGGGGGGACUAAUGAGAGAAGAAACACUGAAUUAAAGACUAAAAGUUGAAAAAAAGAAAAAUCCCUGUGCACUCAAGCACCUGCACGGACUGAAACGGGAGGCAUCCUCACCUGAGAUGGACAGGUAACGCAGUAGGACGUUACCUGAGAGUGGAGGGCAGUUAAAGAGGUGAGGUGUGGGGGAGGAGGAGGAUGAGUCGUGGGUCACAGAUCAGAGGUGAGGGCUUUUUAUCACAGUCUUACGACCCCAAGUGACCCACGUAUGCUGCUGCUUGUGUUUACUGUGAGAAACAGAAGAGGCAAAAUUGUUUUUAGAGAUCAUCUGCACUGAGGAGGAGCUGAAAGAGCUGGAGAUACAGGAGAUGGAAGGACUAUCAGGGUCAGCCAAAAGAAAGAGAUCAAAUUAUGAUGUAUAAUGUCUGCAAGUGCUAUUUUAUCUGUCUGAAAGUGUGUGUGUGUGUGUGUAAAGGCUUUAUUUGGUGAGUUUCUAUCUGUUAAAUCACUGAGUUUGUUCAUUUGUGAUCUGAUUCCAAUAAAUCUUU